AUGCAGGGGCAGGCUGCAAGUCUCAGUGUCGACGACAACAUCCUCUGCCUGGCUUCGAUGCAGGCUCUACCGAAGAGCUUGUCUUCUAUUCUGCAGUACUUUGGCCAACGCUACACACUCACCGAAUUGGCCGAAAUGGCAGACCGCGUGUACGCCGAUCAGCUUUCGGUCCAAACUCUUACCCACCCAGCGCAUCCACCACCCUCUUCCGAAAACGCUGAACUGGUAGCCUGCGUCAAAGCGUUAGUUGCACAGGUCCAGGCGUUAACACUAUCACGCGACCGGCCAUGA